AGUCCGACUACUUGAGACUUGACCACCCUAGCGACAACCACUUCGACACUAUAAGCCCGAGAGUAAUUUCCUAACCUCGAACAAUUAUUUUGGUUGUAAAAAAUGAGGGUUGCUCAUAUACUACAGAUACAGGUGCAACGGUAAACAGUAGCCUUGCAGUACAUUUCAAGCAGUUCGUCCGAUACAGUUUAAUUAAAAAGACUAAAAAUAAUAUAUAAAUAAAAAAAGAUACAGUCGAUAAAAAGGAAGUAAUUAACUAAGCCUAACUGAAAAUAAAACGGAAUAGUUUGUAAACUUAUAUAAACAAAUUUUUCAUCAAAAAAUCACAUUUACACCUUGGAUGAAUACUCGGAAAAAUAUUUCACUUUAAAAUAACUAAACAUAAGAUUGAAAUCACUCUCCAAAGGCAGACAAUUCGCUAUUUGGGACUCUUGACUAAUAUAUUCGAAUAAUAACUGAACGAACAAAAAUUGUUUACUUAGAAAAAGGAUAUGACAUAUAACCUUACUUCGUCGGCAAAGAGGAAUGUUGCAUUACAAUCAUGUAAGGAGGAGAAUCCUUACUAUCAAGAAGCAGAGGACUCUGACGAGGAACGAGAGCUAACCAAUCUUAACUGGCUUUUGAGGAAUCAGAAUUUAACUUGGCCGAAAACCAUUGAUUCCAAUCCAGCCGAAAUUUUAAAUACGAAAAGAUACGCAGAACAACCAACUUACAAGUCAAGUGUCCACGAAACACAAAUUAAAAUGGUUUAUUCUAGGCGUGAGAGCACAGACAAAAUAUCGCAUGUAAUUUUAGAGGCUAAAGCACAAAAAUCUAUCACAAAGAGACCGACUCCAUCAGAACGGUUUGAAACUUUCGUGAAUAAAGUCAAAAGAGACUUAUCAGAAUACGAAAAGUUGGCUAGCAAAUAUGAAACCGACGUGACCGAGAAACCGCCUUUUAAUUAUUCACAUAUUAUUGGAAUGGCUAUGUUACAGAAUGGGCGAAUAACUUUACAACAAUUAUGUUCUUGGAUAGAGGCGAAGUUUGCAUUUUUUAGAGUUCGAAAGAAAUGGAAUAAUUCCAUUAGGCAUAACUUAUCAUUGCACCAUUGCUUUCGUAACCUAAAAAGAGAAGAAAAGGGAAAAGGUGGUUACUGGGAGUUGGGAGUGGACCCAAAAAAGUGUGAACGGAAAAGAAUUCGAAAUAGAAAAAUUUGUCAUUCAACGCAAAAUCUAACUGCUAAAUACCAGCCUGAACACCUAACUCAAAUACAACAAUCUAAAUCUGCUCAGCAAAAUCAUUCAAGAUUCGUUAAAAAAUCAAAGACAAAUAUCCUUCCAGAAAAAUCUGAAACAAAAUCACCAGAUGUAAAACUGGCAUUGACUUAUAAUAAACGUAAUGUAGCUGGUGAAAAUGAUGUGCAAUAUGAACAACGACUAUUACGAACAAUAAAUAAAGUUGACAUUUUAAAAACUAAGUCUGAGCUUGACACUAUUAUAUCCAACACUGAACAAUUUUCAACAGAUUCUCAAAACUUAAAUUGCUUUCUUUCGCACAAGGUAGAUACUACCAACACGCCCACUUCUGGAGAAGAGAAUUUCUGCACAUACAAUAAUAUAAAUUUAUUUUCCGAAACAACAACUGUGCUUGCUUCAAAUUCGAUUAUCGUAGAAGAGCAAAAUGUAUCCACUGACUUAUCCAGUUCUAGCCAUCCAUGCAACAUAACAAUUAAUUAUGAUUACACUAAUUUUCAACAAAUAGUUGACAGCAUUGACGACGACGUUGACAAGCAGUUUCAAUACCUGCAUGAUAGCGCUGGCUACGGCCAAAACGACGAUAUUUUAGAUAACCUUCUCGAUGUUUGUGUUACGCACUAUUAAAACAAACCCUAAUGCAAUACAAAAGCCCAAUCUAUUUCUUUACAAAGUUAUCAUACAAAGUUUCAAUGAAACGGCUUGUUUAUCUCUGGCGCCAUACCAAAAAUAGCAGGAACACUUAACCACUUCUAUAGUACAUAAAGCCAAAAAUAAUUCUCAUUUUUACAAAUAUUGGUCUUUAUUUUAAAAUUAUUUUAUUAAAAGUAAGAAAACUCAUCUUUAAGAAUCAUGUUUCGGAAUCACCUUAUUUAAAAUUUAAUAAAUAAAUUAUACCCCAACCCUAAAUUUAACU